CCCCAAUGUUAUUGACACCCUCUCCUUAUCAGCUGAUUAGUGAUUGAAAAAUGACAUCUGCAGACUUCCAGUUUUCACCUAUCUUUCAACCGUCAGACAAAAUGAAGGAAGACUUUGAAGAACAUGGGUAUAUUAUGGUAAGAAAACUUCUUGACAAAGACGAGCUAGAGAAAGUAAAGGUGGCACUUGAAGACAAUGAUGCAAUCAGAAAGCAUGCUUUUGGGGUUGCAGAUGGCAAAGGGAGAGAAAGCAUGAUGGCACUUUGGAACCAUCCAGGUUCUGAUGUUACUGGAAUGGUGGGAAGGUGUGAGAAAGUUGUAAAUACAUGUGAAAAGCUACUUGGUGGAGAAGUCUACCAUUAUCAUACAAAGUUGAUGAUGAAAGAGCCUUUUACUGGAGGCAGCCAUCUGUGGCACCAGGAUUAUGGAUAUUGGUAUAAGAAUGGUUGUUUGUACCCAGAUAUGAUGACAGUAUUUAUUGCAAUAGACAAAAUAACAAAAGAGAAUGGAUGCUUACAGAUUUUACGUGGAUCACAGAUUUGUGGCAGAAUAGAACAUAUUAUGGUUGGAGGUCAGACUGGGGCUGAUAUGGAAAGGGUUAAUCAACUAAAAAAUGUCUUGAAAUUAGAAUAUGUAGAAAUGGAACCAGGUGAUGCCCUUUUCUUCCAUUCAAAUUUGUUACAUACAAGUAAUGCCAACGACAGCAAGUACAGACGAUGGGCAUUUUUAUGUGCUUAUAACAAGAAGAGUAACGACCCUACCAUUAAACACCAUCAUCCAUGCUAUACACCAUUAGAAAAGGUACCCAACAACGCCAUAAAAGAAUGUACCAACUUCAGCGACAUAUCAGGGAAAGACUUCAUGGAUCCUACCAAAGAUAAAACAAUCAAAGUGAAACCAAAAGAAGAGGAAACAAACUGAAACUUCAUUUCAAUAACAUUUUCAAAAACCUCAAGAUAUAUUGACUUUAAAAAAUCUUAUAUUAAAUAAUUUAUACAUUUUUGUACUAUUUUAGCUAAUUGUUAUUGUCAUUUUUCAAAAUAUUUAAUUUGAUGUUUAAGAUUGUAAAUAUUAAGAUAAAUUAAGAAUUAUUUUUUUUAUCAAUAGUACUGGGGAGUGUUUGUGGUUACAAGUGUAGUUGGAAUAUCUAAUCAGCUUGACAUUUUUAAGCGAGAAGUCAUUUUCAGGAAAGGAAAGACUUACACAGUUAAAUGUUUAACAAUACUGACCAAUCAUUAGGGCUGUCAGCUUCACAAUCUUAAUUUAAAUAUCAUGUAUUUCAUGAUCAAGUUAUUUGUAAAAGGUCAAAUUGAAAGUUACACAGCAAAUCAAAAGUUUUAUUUACAGUUGACUCAGCAUACUGUAUAAAUGGGUUUCCAUAUUGCUUUAAUUUGUAGUAAAAUUUAUAUUUUUUAGAGUAGGACCACUGUAACAUGCAUCUCAUAUGAACCAAUUAUAAGGCCCCCUUAAAGGUUUUGUAGGACUAUAAGAGCCAUCCUCCACGUAAAACCCCCAUGGGCAUUUUGAAAAGUUGGCAGGUAUGCCAUAUUAUUCUUGCUGCUAGACAAGAGGAAAGCUUUUUGUCCUUUUUAUCAUAUGCAUAAAACUCAUAGGAUAAAAUAUGUAUCAUGACUUUCAAAAAAAAUUGGCUUGAGAGUUACUGGUGAAGAUAAAUUCAGAACGUGUUUUUGGAUGAACCAAAUUGAAUUAGAAAAUGUUUUUUUUUAUAUUACAUAUACUAAAUACAUUUCAUAUAUUUCAGCAAUGUAUCUAUAUAAUGGGUAUGAUGAAUGUGUUUAUAAGAAGUUUAUUUUGUUCAUUUAUAAAGAUAAUGUUAAAUCAUAAUGUGAUUUAGAAAUAUUGUUUAUAUUUGUUUAAUAUGUAUGUUUUAUUAUUAUCUUUUUGAAAGAGAUUUUUUUUUAAAUUUAUUUGAUAUUAUGAAUGAAGACUUUGUUUCAAACGUUAACUGAAUAAUGGAUUUGAAUUCAAAACCUGUAAGUAGGGUAUUUAAUGAUUUUAUAUUUCUUAUAAACAUGCUUAUAUUAUAUAUGAAUAAAUAAGAAUCUUCUUUUGUACUUAUUAAUCAUUAAAAAUAGAAUACAUUGAAAAUAAUUGACUUAUUUUCCCAAGUUUAGCAGCCAUUAUAGAUAAAACCCUAGCUUUAAAGUCAUAUGAAACCAGUGAGUGGUGAAAAAUAAUGUUUAUCCAAUUCUUGAACCAAUGCAUGUAUAUAUCAUAAACUUAGUCUUCUGUGCACAAUUUUAUCAUUUUCUACGCAAAUAUAUCUUAUAAUCAUCAUUUUUUUUUGUCUCUGUCUGUUAAUAUGAUUGAACAAAUAUGGCUGCUCAUUGAAUGCCGUGUUUUGAAGCCAAAGUUUACCGAUUGUCACUGUAUAGGAAACAAAUAACAAAAAGCAUGGGUACUGAGCACGUGUUGAACAUGUACAAUCAGAUUAAUAUGUACAAUCAGAUUAUUGUUUAUUUUAAUGACAGAUCUAUGCGUAUUGCGAUCACUGGAUUUUUACAAGGAGGGUUACGCUCAGGUCACUAUGCAUAUUGAAAAUAUGUCAGCGAAUUUCUUCCUGAAAGCAAGCAAUCGGAAAUAAGUAAACUUCUUCUAAAUGAGGACAAAUUAAAGAACUUUCCUCAGAAAAAGUAUAUGUAUAUAAGUUGUAAAAUUAAAACUAUCCAUUUAGUUAUAAAAACAUAUGCAUUUUUUUUUUAAUUUGAGGUUUCUUAUGACUUUAAAUGCAUUGGUAUUAUGUUUAAUCAUGUCAAAGUUUUAAGGAUCUUUGAAAUGGACUUAUGUUGUUGUUAUUAUUGGUUAAAUGUGUUUAUAUAAGAGUUUUCAUCAUUAUUUUACAUAUUUAUAUGAUAUUAUACA